UCUUGGGAACAUCCUGAAUUUCAGUGUGGAACUGCAGCUUCUAUUCUUUUCAGCACCGACUGUCACUGCUUUGACUUAGCCAUAUUUCGUGGAUUUCCGGGCGAGUCUUUGUUCUUAGAAACUUUCUCCUUUUGAUUUUGCAUAAGAAGUUGUCACAAAAUCGUAGGAUGUGUCCGAGGCCAACCAAUGGGAGUGGAGCGAGUCGUCCCGCCUGUGACUACAACUCUAGGAGUCCUGGUCCAUCUGCCCCAUCUAGUGCAGCCCUGACAUGACGGUGACACUGAGCCUGGAGCCCGCGGGCCGCAGCUGCUGGGACGAGCCGCUGAGCAUCGCCGUGCACGGCCUGGCCCCCGAGCAGCCCGUCACGCUGCGCGCCGCCCUGCGAGACGAGAAAGGCGCGCUCUUCCGCGCCCACGCGCGCUACCGCGCCGACGCCCGCGGCGACCUGGACCUGGCGCGCGCGCCCGCGCUGGGCGGCAGCUUCUCCGGGAUCGAGCCCAUGGGGCUGCUCUGGGCCAUGGAGCCCGAACGGCCCUUCUGGCGCCUGAUCAAGCGCGACGUGCAGACGCCCUUCGUGGUGGAGCUGGAGGUGCUGGACGGCCACGAGCCCGAAGGCGGGCGGCUGCUGGCGCGGGCGGUGCACGAGCGUCACUUCAUGGCUCCCGGGGUGCGGCGCGUGCCCGUGCGCGAGGGCCGUGUGCGCGCCACGCUCUUCCUGCCUCCAGAACCUGGGCCCUUUCCGGGGAUCGUGGACCUUUUCGGAGUUGGCGGUGGCCUUCUGGAGUACCGAGCUAGUCUGCUGGCUGGGAAAGGCUUUGCUGUCAUGGCUCUGGCUUAUUAUAACUACGACGACCUCCCCAAGGGCAUGGAGACCAUGCGCAUAGAGUACUUUGAAGAAGCCGUGAACUACCUGCUCAGCCACCCUGAGGUAAAAGGUCCAGGAAUUGGGCUGCUUGGCAUUUCCAAAGGAGGUGAACUUGGCCUUGCUAUGGCCUCCUUCCUGAAGGGCAUCAAAGCUGCUGUUGUCAUCAAUGGCUCUGUGGCUGCUGUUGGGAGCACCAUGCACUACAAGGAUGAGACUAUACCCCCUGUGACUAUCCUGAGAAAUAGAGUCAGAAUGACCAAAGAUGGCCUCUUGGAUGUUGUGGAUGCUCUGCAAAGCCCUUUGGUAGAAGAGAAGAGCUUCAUCCCCGUGGAGAGGUCUGACACGACCUUCCUGUUGCUUGUAGGUCAGGAUGACCACAACUGGAAGAGCGAGUUCUAUGCCAAUGAGAUCUCCAAACGCUUACAGGCCCAUGGGAAGGAGAAGCCCCAGAUCAUCUGCUACCCAGAAGCGGGGCACUACAUUGAGCCCCCUUACUUCCCACUGUGCAAGGCUGGCAUGCACCUCCUGGUGGGUGCUAAUAUCACCUUUGGAGGGGAGCCUAAGCCUCAUGCCAUGGCCCAGGUGGAUGCAUGGCAGCAACUCCAGACUUUCUUCCACAAACACUUGGGUAGUGAGAGUUAGGGGACAACUCCUAAAAUAUUACCCAUUAUCUGAUGGUUUGGAGGAAAAGGUUCAAAUACAUUGUAAGCACAUCAGUAAGGAUUACUUCAGCUGAACACAGUGCUACACAUGGUGUUUAUUCAAGGGCUGGAAAUGUAUUUCAGUGGUACCAUACCCAAUUGGCUUGUGUAAAUCUCUGGCUUCAGAAAACAGGCAAAUGUUAUAUGAAACCUUAACCUAUUCAAGAAAUAUUGCCCAGGGGCUGGAGAGAUGGCUCAGAGGUUAAGAGCACUGGCUGCUCUUCCAGAGGUCCUGAGUUCAAUUCCCAGCAACCACAUGGUGGCUUACAACCAUCUGUAAUGAGAUCUGGCGCCCUCUUCUGGCCUACAGACAUACAUGCAGACAGAAUGCUGUAUACAUAAUAAAUAAAUAAAUAAAUCUUAAAAAAAAAGAAAUAUUGCCCAGAAUAAAAAGGAUUCCAUGAGUAGCCACACUAUUGUGUCAUUAAAAAUUAUGUCCUACA